CUUUCCAUUCAGUCGCCCAACAUGGCUGGAGCGCAGCGCUGAGUCCUCCCCACUGCCACCGCCGCCGCCACCGCAGCAGCAGCAGCAGUAGCAGCAGCAGCAGCCUGUCCGGAGAGCUCGGCACUGUGCUGAGACCCGGGUGGCAGCAGGCAUGUUGGGCGUCGCGGACGAGAGCUCUGUGCGCGUGGCUGUCAGAAUAAGACCACAGCUUGCCAAAGAAAAGAUCGAAGGGUGCCAUAUCUGUACAUCAGUGACACCAGGAGAGCCGCAGGUCUUCCUAGGGAAAGAUAAGGCAUUUACCUUUGAUUAUGUGUUUGACAUCGACUCCCAGCAGGAGCAGAUCUACAGACAGUGCAUUGAGAAGCUAAUUGAAGGCUGUUUUGAAGGAUACAAUGCUACAGUUUUUGCAUAUGGACAAACUGGAGCUGGGAAAACAUAUACAAUGGGAACAGGAUUUGAUGUCAACAUCAUGGAAGAAGAGCAGGGGAUCAUCUCUCGUGCUGUUAAGCACCUUUUCAGGAGCAUUGAAGAGAAAAAAUCCACAGCAAUUAAAAACGGGGUUCCUCCUCCUGAAUUUAAAGUGAAUGCCCAGUUCUUAGAGCUCUAUAAUGAAGAGGUCCUUGACUUGUUUGAUACCACUCGGGAUAUCGAUGCAAAAAAUAAAAAAUCAAAUAUAAGAAUCCAUGAAGAUUCAACUGGAGGGAUUUAUACUGUGGGAGUCACAACGCGCACUGUGAAUACGGAGCCAGAGAUGAUGCAGUGUCUGAAGUUGGGCGCUUUGUCCCGCACCACUGCUAGUACCCAGAUGAACGUACAGAGCUCUCGGUCACAUGCCAUCUUCACCAUUCACGUGUGUCAGACCAGACUGUGUCCCCAGAUAGACGCCGAAAAUGCAACCGAUAAUAAGAUGAUUUCCGAAUCGUCGCAGAUGAAUGAAUUUGAAACCCUGACUGCCAAGUUUCAUUUUGUUGAUCUGGCAGGAUCGGAAAGAUUGAAAAGAACGGGAGCUACCGGCGAAAGGGCGAAAGAGGGCAUAUCCAUCAACUGUGGGCUUUUGGCUCUUGGAAAUGUGAUCAGUGCUUUGGGUGACAAGAGCAAGAGAGCCACCCAUGUCCCCUAUAGAGAUUCCAAGCUGACCAGACUUCUGCAGGACUCCCUUGGGGGUAACAGCCAAACAAUCAUGAUAGCAUGUGUCAGCCCUUCAGACAGAGAUUUUAUGGAGACAUUAAACACUCUGAAAUAUGCCAACCGGGCUAGAAAUAUCAAGAACAAAGUGAUGGUCAAUCAAGACAGAGCAAGUCAGCAAAUCAAUGCACUCCGCAGCGAGAUCACACGCCUUCAGAUGGAGCUCAUGGAGUACAAAACAGGCAAAAGAAUAAUUAAUGAGGAGGGCGUGGAAAGCAUCAAUGACAUGUUUCACGAGAACGCUAUGCUCCAGACUGAAAACAAUAACCUACGUGUAAGAAUAAAAGCCAUGCAAGAGACUGUUGACGCUCUGAGAGCCAGAAUCACACAGCUAGUCAGCGAUCAGGCCAACCAAGUUCUUGCCAGAGCAGGUGAAGGGAAUGAAGAGAUUAGCAAUAUGAUUCAUAGUUAUAUCAAAGAAAUUGAAGAUCUCAGGGCAAAAUUAUUAGAAAGUGAAGCCGUGAAUGAGAACCUUCGCAAAAACCUGACCAGAGCCACAGCACGAUCGCCGUACUUCAGUGGGUCCUCGGCUUUCUCUCCUUCCAUACUGUCUUCAGACAAGGAAACCAUCGAAAUUAUAGAUCUAGCAAAGAAAGAUUUGGAGAAGCUAAAAAGGAAAGAGAAGAAGAAGAAGAAAAGUGUGUCUGGGAAGGAGGAUAGUGCAGACACUGACCAGGAGAAGAAAGAAGAAAAGGGCAUUUCAGAGAGAGAAAACAAUGGAUUGGAAGCGGAAGACCAUCAGGAGGUGAGUGAUCAUGAGGAGGAGGAGGAAGAGGAGGAAGAAGAAGAUGAAGAAGAGGAUGACAUGGAAGGGGGAGAGAGCUCUGACGAAUCUGACUCUGAGUCAGAUGAGAAAGCUAACUACCAAGCCGACUUAGCGAAUAUCACGUGUGAAAUUGCAAUUAAGCAGAAGCUGAUUGAUGAGCUCGAAAACAGCCAGAAACGGCUGCAGACGCUGAAGAAGCAGUAUGAGGAGAAGCUGAUGAUGCUGCAGCAUAAGAUCCGGGACACACAGCUGGAGAGAGACCAGGUGCUCCAGAACUUAGGCUCGGUGGAGUCAUACUCAGAAGAAAAGGCAAAGAAAGUGAAGUGUGAAUACGAAAAGAAGCUCCACGCCAUGAACAAAGAAUUGCAGCGACUGCAAACAGCCCAGAAGGAGCAUGCCAGGCUGCUGAAAAACCAGUCUCAGUAUGAGAAGCAGCUAAAGAAGCUGCAGCAGGAUGUCGCGGAAAUGAAGAAGACAAAGGUUCGUCUAAUGAAACAAAUGAAAGAAGAACAAGAGAAAGCCAGACUGACUGAAUCUAGGAGAAACAGGGAAAUUGCUCAACUGAAAAAGGAUCAACGCAAAAGAGAUCAUCAACUUAGACUUCUGGAAGCCCAGAAAAGAAAUCAAGAAGUAGUUCUGCGACGCAAAACUGAAGAGGUUACAGCUCUCCGUCGGCAAGUAAGGCCCAUGUCUGAUAAAGUAGCUGGGAAGGUCACUCGGAAGCUGAGCUCGUCUGACAGCCCUGUCCAGGACCCAGGUUCCAGUGCAGCUGCAGGGGAAGCAGAUGCAUCCAGGGCAGGCACCCAGCAGAAAAUGAGGAUUCCUGUGGCAAGGGUCCAGGCAUUACCAACACCUACAACAAAUGGAACCAGGAAUAAAUAUCAGAGGAAGGGAUUGACUGGCCGGGUGUUCACUUCCAAGACAGCGCGCAUGAAAUGGCAGCUGCUUGAACGCCGGGUGACUGACAUCAUCAUGCAGAAAAUGACCAUUUCCAACAUGGAGGCCGACAUGAACAGACUCCUCAGGCAACGGGAAGAACUCACAAAAAGGCGAGAGAAACUUUCGAAAAGGCGAGAGAAGAUGGUGAAAGAGGGUGGAGAGGGGGAUAAACACGUGGUUAGCAUCAGCGAAGAGGUGGAGUCCCUAACUGCGAAUAUAGAUUACAUCAAUGAUAGUAUUGCCGACUGUCAAGCUAACAUCAUGCAGAUGGAGGAGGCAAAGGAAGAAGGCGAGACAUUGGAUGUCACUGCUGUCAUUAAUGCCUGUACACUUACUGAAGCCAGAUACCUGCUAGAUCACUUCUUGUCAAUGGGCAUCAAUAAGGGUCUUCAGGCUGCCCAGAAAGAGGCUCAGAUUAAAGUCCUUGAAGGUCGACUCAAGCAAACCGAAAUCACCAGUGCUACACAAAACCAGCUCUUAUUCCAUAUGUUAAAAGAAAAGGCCGAGUUAAACCCUGAGCUGGAUGCCUUACUAGGCCAUGCUUUGCAAGAUCUAGAUAGCGCCCCACUAGAGAACGAAGAAGACAGCAGUGACGAAGAGGCACCUUUACACAGCCCGGGGUCGGAGGGGAGCACGCUGUCUUCAGACCUCAUGAAGCUCUGCGGUGAAGUGAAACCAAAGAACAAGGCGCGAAGGAGAACCACCACUCAGAUGGAGUUGCUCUAUGCAGACAGCAGUGAACUAGCCUCAGACACUAGUACAGGAGAGGCCUCCUUGCCGGGUUCUCUUACGCCUGUUGCAGAAGGGCAAGAGACUGGAAUGCAUACAGAGACCAGUGGUACUUCUGCUAGGGACAAAGAGCUUCUUCCCCCAUCUGGCUUACCUUCUAAGAUAGGCAGCAUUUCCAGACAGCCAUCUCAAUCAGAAAAAAAAAUGCCAGAGCCUUCCCCUGUAGCAAGGAGAAAGGCAUACGAGAAAGCCGAGAAACCCAAGUCCAAGGAGCAUAAACACUCGGAUUCUGGUGCUUCCGAGGCUAGUCUCUCACCUCCUUCCUCCCCACCAAGCCGGCCCCGUAACGAACUGAACGUGUUUAAUCGUCUUACUGUUUCUCAGGGAAACACGUCAGUUCAGCAGGAUAAGUCUGAUGAAAGUGACUCCUCUUUGUCGGAGGUGCACAGGGGCAUAAUCAACCCAUUUCCUGCCUCCAAAGGAAUCAGACCAUCGUCACUCCAGUGUGUUCACAUAGCUGAAGGGCACACGAAAGCUGUGCUCUGUGUGGAUUCUACCGACGAUCUCCUCUUCACUGGAUCAAAAGAUCGUACCUGUAAAGUUUGGAAUCUUGUGACUGGACAGGAAAUUAUGUCACUAGGGGUUCACCCUAACAACGUUGUAUCUGUAAAAUACUGCAAUUAUACCAGUUUGGUCUUCACAGUGUCAACAUCUUAUAUUAAGGUGUGGGAUAUCAGAGACUCAGCAAAGUGCAUUCGAACAUUAACAUCUUCGGGUCAAGUUACUCUUGGAGAAGCUUGUUCUGCAAGUGCCAGCCGGACAGUAGCUAUUCCCUCUGGAGAGAGCCAGAUCAAUCAGAUUGCACUAAACCCAACUGGCACUUUCCUCUACGCGGCCUCUGGAAAUGCUGUCAGGAUGUGGGACUUGAAAAGGUUCCAGUCCACAGGAAAGCUAACUGGCCACCUGGGCCCUGUUAUGUGCCUUACAGUAGACCAGAUCUCCAAUGGACAAGACCUAAUCAUCACUGGCUCCAAAGACCACUACAUCAAAAUGUUUGAUGUGACCGGAGGGGCUCUUGGAACUGUAAGCCCCACCCACAACUUUGAGCCUCCUCAUUAUGACGGCAUAGAAGCACUGACCAUUCAAGGGGAUAAUCUAUUCAGUGGGUCCAGAGACAAUGGAAUCAAGAAGUGGGACUUGGCUCAGAAAGGUCUUCUUCAGCAAGUCCCGAACGCACACAAGGACUGGGUCUGUGCCCUGGGCCUGGUGCCAGGCCACCCGGUUUUACUCAGUGGCUGCAGAGGCGGUAUUUUGAAACUCUGGAACGUGGACACUUUUGUGCCUGUUGGAGAGAUGAGAGGUCAUGACAGUCCCAUCAAUGCCAUCUGUGUUAAUUCCACCCACGUCUUCACUGCAGCCGAUGAUCGGACUGUGAGAAUCUGGAAAGCCCACAAUUUGCAAGAUGGCCAAAUCUCUGACACAGGAGAUCUGGCUGAAGAUACGGCCAGUAAUUAAACAUGACGGGAGAUUAGCAUACACUGACACUGUGAGGAUGCUCUGUGUUCCUUAAUGAAGAUGAUGCCCUGCACUUAUUAUUAAUGGAAUCAACUGGAAAUAUAUCGGAACCUAUCUGCUAGAUAAAAAUGUAUUCUAAUCAAACUGCACUGUCUUGUAUGUGUAAUAUUAAUAUCUACCAACACAUAGGCUUCUUACAAUUGAUGUAUUGCUUGAAUCACACUUUCACUGUGGCUGGAGUUUUGUGCCUAGCUAUAAAAAGAUACUUUCAAGUAAUUUGAGUUCUAAGAUGUCUGCUUUUGUGGCAGCCAGAAGCAUACCCAGAGUAAAACACUCCUCCCUGUUAACUCAUUCUGAUGUGUUCACAUAACUGACACCUUUUGAACACAUCUUGGAACUGUUCAUCUUGCUCAUCAGGAAUUUUGUCAGUCUACAAGGGGGUCCAAAUUUCAAGGCUCUUUCAGUGUAAUGGAAUAUUAAAAUCAGAAACUAUUGUUGAUGGUUCCUCAUACUUGAUCUGAGUCUGCUAAGAAAGGUAACAGUUUGUGCUAAAAUGUUCAUGUUUACCUGUAUUGACCAAAGCUUUCAGUUAUUCUGCAUUCUGUGCCCAGCAUGGACGCACCGCACAGCUGCUGUGCUUUUAGUGCUGGGCCUGUAUUCUGUGAUGGUGAGUUGUUGAUUUCCUAACAGAAAGAUAUUUUCAUCUAUUUUCCUAUGGAAUUGUUUCUAUUAUUAUCUUUUAAUUUCUUUUUAUUUCAUAGUAAUAGAUCCUUUCUCUUUCCUCUGAUUUUUUAUAAGCUGCUAAAUAUAUUUUAAAUAUACUGUGUUUGCACACCUUGGUAGACCUUUAUCAUUUGUGGUGGGAAACAAUGUAAAUAGGUAGAUUGUAAAGAGAGAUUAUUUGGCAUUAUGGCUGUAUGAAUUUCUACCUGCUGUUUGAUUGGGUUUUGUUAAAGGAUGUAUAAUUUAUCUGUCUGCUCAGAAUAUUAAUUUGUAAAUUCUGCAAGUUUAAUUUUAUGUAAUGGUAUAAUGAUUGUCUUGUAUGUGUUUUUUUUU